AUGAGAGUGCUUACCAAACUGACAGAGGAAGAAGUGCGCAAGGAACUGUUCGGACCAAUCCAGGAGGCCGCCCGUCAGCCUUAUCAACUUAGUAAGCGUUGAUUUUCAAUGAAAUGAAACAGUACGGUCCUUUCCAGACGUGGAUCCCCGAAAGUCGUGGUGUGAACUGUCGGAAAUGCGUCUUAGCACACUCAUCUGUCAGUUCAAGCCAGUCGGAAUCAACCGUCACUUCCACCUCAUGGCUAUCGUCGAUCAUAUGGCGAGAAUCUACGACAACGAGCAUGCUCAGUCGGAGGUAUUCCUGACCGGUUAGUUUUCUCGUGAAACACUUGAAGCUUUGAAAUACGCAACUUUUUUCAGACGAAGAUCAAUGUCGUUUUCGCAACCAGCAACGCGAUAUGCUGAUGGGGGCCUGUCCGGACGCGAAGGAUCGCGUCGCUUUCGCACCGAAGUACAUGUGCCGUCCGUCGCUCGAGGUGGUCGAGCAGAAGAUCCGCGACUGGUUCGGAAUGGAAUACUGCGAGGAAAACGAGUGCUAUCCGAACUCUUUCGGAACGUGCGUUGACUACGAACUACCCGAUUACAUCAAAAACGACACGGACGGGGUAUGUUGACGCAUGAAGUGGAUUGUUAGCAACUGUCAAAGGAUUCAGGAUCUCCGCGACAGUCCAGUGGUGGCUCCGACAAGCAGCAAGAGAAGGAGAAUUCCAACGCCAGAAGACUGA